UCGCGCCUUUGCCUCGUCGCAGUCCAUCUUGGCUCUGUGCUCUCACAUCGCUGCUGUAGUUUCUCUGUAGCUUCUCUGUCGUGACGCCGCUCCGCUCCGCUCCGCUCCGUGCUGCUCCGCGCUGCUCCACUGCCAGCUCGCCGUCGCUGCUGUUGUUGUAGUAGUAAAAUAAUGGCGGCAUCGGUCGGAGGCGGAUUAUCAUCAUCAUCUCCGGGUUUGAGCACCACCCAACUGCCGGCCAAAGCUCGCUUCCCGGGUCGGCCCAGCACGGCUCGCAGCAGCAGCAGACUGCGGUCGGAGAAACGCACCAAACGCGGAAGGUUGUUCUCGGAUGACGGGGAUAGAUCGAGAUCAUCAACCGCCGCCGAAGGGCCGAGGCCCGUCAACAUCGGCCUCGCGUUGAGCGAAGACCCGGCGCUGCUGCGUCUUCUCGGGGUGGCGGAGAAGCACAGGAGGCAGAGAGAUGUCGGCUUCUGCACCUCCAGCGACAGCGAGGAGGAGGAAGAUUUCACUGGAUUUGGGACCACAACAGUUCGUCCACAGAAAGCUCCGCAGUCGUUGUUACUCAGUCAAGCAAAGCCUCCCCAAGAUUCAGGCCAUUCUCUGGGAGCAAAGCCUGUCGCUGGAAAGAUUAUACCCAAGACCCCGAAAUCGUCUGUUAUUGGGAAAAUUGUACCACGGGUCUCUAAAGAAGGCGAGGAUGUCAAAGAGAGCCCAGCAAAAGACAAAGAAAUACCCAAGUUAGUAAUUAAACUACACGGCAAGCAGGGGGCACUUGCUGCAAAAGCCAAACAUGCAGGGGAGCAGGCCUCAGGUAGACAGAGCAGUACAAGAUCAGCUGACUUUAUCAGGAGAACAGGAAGAUCCGCACACUCAGGCAGUACGCAAAACCAAACAGCCGCUACCUCAGCUGGUGGCAACAAGCAAGCUUCCCAGGUCAAAGAACGAGGCGAGGUGUCGGAGGACUCAGACACAGACCAGUCGCAGCCACGGAGAUCUGUGAAAGGCAUGAGGGGGUUUCGAAUUGGGCACACCGGACGCACAUCUCAAGCAGUCGCUCUGUCGGUCACAUCCUUUCACAAGCGGCAGAGGAAGAGAAUGGCUAAGGGUAUGGGUGCGUCUCCAGAGGCUGGAGCUGAGGCCGGUGCCCAGAGUGGAGAGGAGGCAGCAAUGCCCCUCGAGUGUAAAGCCACGGAUUCCGCUGAAAAAAGAGCACGCAGAAGACGCAGAUCUGUGUAUGGGCACAAGCGAAAGCAACCAAAAAUCGCUCCAGAAUUUAAACGUCCACAAACGUCUCGUAAUCGCACCAGGCGUGUUUUUUACACCUACGUACCAGAACCCAUUCCGGUCACACCGACGCCGGAUGGGGACGAGCUGCAGCUGCAAAGUCAGAAUAUCACUCCAUCUGAGGGUGAGCCGAGCUCGUUUCCUAAACAAGUCCAGCAGAGCUCAAACAACUCCUCCACUCCAGUAAUGAGCGCACGGUCCUCACGCGUUAUUAAAACUCCAAAGAGGUUCUUGAACGAGGAAAUGAUUCCCUUUCCAAAGGGCUCUCUGUCGACAUGGCUGAAAAGUCAACAGAGAGAGGACGGAAAACCAUCCUGUCAUGAGUCAAGCUAUGAUGGCAACUCGCUGCAGUCAGACAGCGACUCUAUAUCUGUGGCUGACAGCCCAUCUACAGUGACAAAGUUCCCGUCAAAGCCCAGGCCGGGCACGAGCCACGUAGAGAUCUACAAGAACCUCAAGAAACUUACCUUGAAACUGGCGGAGAAAAAGAAAGGCCGCCCCGACACUGAGGGGGAUUUUACACAUCAUGGCGACGGUUUGACCUCUCACGUCAGGAAGAGACGGCGGUCAAAGCUCAUGAUGGAGGAGAUGGACUCUCCUGGUGUCGUGAGGAAACUGGCCGUGGUGGUCGACGCUGAUGUGAAAGCGCCCUCACCUUUGCCGUUAGAAGAUCCAGGCAACAAUAGAGGCGUGACCGGGGACACUGAGGCGUUGGAAGUCAGCGGGCCCAGCCACCGAAUUGGUCUCAGUGGAGCUAACAAGACGAUGCUCCACCUGCUGAAGAAAGCCAAAGUCCAGCUCAUCAAGAUUGAUCAGCAGAAGCAGCUGAAGUUGUCACAGUUGGGUUCCAGAGAAUCACGAGUGCCAGUGAGCGGAAGGAGGAGGAGGAGGAGAGUUGGCGUAUCUCCCAAGGAUGACGGUACUCAGGAGCAGCCGCUGGGCGGUCCGAGGAUCAAACAUGUGUGCCGGGCAGCAGCAGUGGCUUUGGGGCAGCCCCGUGCGAUGGUGCCAGAUGAUAUCCCCAGACUCAGCGCCCUGCCACUUCACGAGAGAGAGGGCAUCACCUUUUCUCCCGCAGCAGAAGAUGUGGCAGAUGAUGACGAUGACAUCGCUGAUCAGGGCAGGGCUCAGUGGGUUGUCUCUCAGGAACACAUCCAGCGGAGGAGAAGGGGGAGGGGCAGGGGCCACAGGCUCAGAAGGAAGAAGUCCCUGAGUCGAUAUACACCCGGGGGAGCCCGUGCCCGCCGCUGCGGACGCUGCAAAGGCUGUUUGAUACAGCAGGACUGCGCGAGGUGCAUCAACUGCCGCGAUAAGCCCAAGUUCGGGGGGCCCAACACCAAGCGGCAGUGCUGCGUAUAUAGAAAGUGUGACCGGAUUGAGAAAGCGAAGAUGGAACGCAUCAUCAAACCACUGAAACUCCAGGCAAGGCAGUACUCAGGCUCCGUGUCGAGCAGUGACGAACAGAACUGUAAGCUUGAAGGCGCAGGCGAGGGAUCGUCCUCGAUGGCGCUUGGAGUCAGGAAACACUCCCUGCGUAACAUCACGCCACGCUCCUACAGCAGCCUGCUGAAGUCUGAAUCUGAGGAAGAAGAGGGAGAAGAAGGAGUUAAGGCAGAGAAAUCGCCAGUCAAGCCAUCUGUAGCUGCUGCUAGCAAACAAGAUCUCGCUCCUGAUGAUUGCGGAUGGCUGCCAGACGACCCUUCAAUUGAGCCAGUGAAGCCUCGCCGGCUGUUCUCCAAAGGAGUUGGGAGCAGAACCAGAGCUAACAAGGAACAGGAGAUCAAGAAGGAGAUGGAGCCCAGAGAAAGUUUACCAGAAACCAGCCCACCCAGAAGCCCAAUGCCGAAGCUGCAGAAGCAGCUACAAAUUCACUUACACCGUCUGCCUGAUUUUAUCCUGCAGUCUGCUCGGCAUUUGCCAAAGCAGAGUCCCGAGAGUCCGGAUCUGUGUUUUGCACAGUCGCAUCCACUAUUGGCCCAGCUUUUAACGCAGCCUGCUAUUUCCCAUCCAUCACAUUCCACACCACAGUGUCCGCCAGAACUGUCCCAGCCUGUUACGCAUCCCGCUUCUCCACUUUCACCGCAUCCUAUAACAGACUCUAAAGACAGAUUUCUGCUGUUGCGUUUGCACCGUUUGCCCCAGACUUUGGUGCAGUCAGCCUUGCAUUUGCACAAAUGUAUAUCAUCACCAUCUCAACAGAAUCCCCAGCCCGUGCUGCACUCUGCUCUGACAGAGGUUUCGUCAAAGUUGUGUUUUCAGGAACACCCAGAGUCUGAGGUGCGGUACCCAGAUGUUUUGACUGAGACACACAGAGCUAACAAAGACAAAACUGUUCAAGUGCUCCCUCAGACUGUUGAUCCACACACUGAGUUACAGGAGGGCACGCAAGAGGAGCAGGAGGACAGACGAGGGCAUCGGCCUGAAAAGGAGGAGGAGGACGGUUCUGUAAAAGAGACGGUGCUGCAAAACUGUCACACCACUGACAAACACUAUGUCCUUCGUUCCCAGAAUCCUGCAGAGUGUGCGUCAGUGAACGCCCUGACUGGGUUAACUAACGGGUUUUCCCAAAAGGGCCUGUUGCAGAACAAGUACAAGAUUCGCGUGGACUUCAAGGAGGACUGUGCUGUCCAGAACGUCUGGCUAAUGGGCGGCCUCAGCGUCCUCACAUCUAUCCCUUCCACACCACAACCUGUCUGUCUGCUCUGCGCCAGUAAAGGACGACAUGAGAUGAUAUUCUGCCAGAUCUGCUGUGAGCCUUUCCACAGUUUCUGCCUCUCGCCAGAGGAGCGCCCCCAUAAGGAGAACAAGGAAAACUGGUGCUGCAGGCGCUGCAAAUUUUGUCAUGUGUGCGGCCGUCGAAGCAAGAGUUCGAAGCCUGUGCUGCAGUGUAGGAGAUGCCAAACCUCCUACCACCCUUCCUGCUUGGGACCAACUUACCCUAAGCCUAUGAACUGCAGCAUGCCUUGGGUGUGCAUGACAUGCAUUCGGUGUAAAAGCUGCGGCGUGACUCCUGGACAUUUCUGGGACUUGUCCUGGAACCACGACCAGGACCUCUGUCCUGACUGCACUUCUCUCCAUGAAAAGGGUAAUUUCUGCACCAUCUGCCACAAAUGCUACAAAGACAACAGCCAACACUCGGAGAUGGUUCAGUGUUCAGCGUGCAGCCACUGGAUCCAUCACACAUGUGGAGGACUUUCGGAUGAGCUGUUUGGGUUGCUGUCAAGCCAACCAGAAGAAGUUCCUUUCACCUGCUCCCCCUGCAGCCAGCACCAAACUGACAGCAGCUUGAAGGAGGAUCUGCAGAGCAGGCUGAUAGACGGGCUGGAGGAGGUGCUCACUGGCCUCCUCUCCGACGACGCCACACAGCACCUCCUUAUGUGUAAAAUGUGUCGGGAAUCAAACAACACGCAAUUUGUUAGGGAACAGCAGCCAGUGUGUGAUCUGCAAGCCAUGGAGAAGAAGUUUAAAGGGGGCGGUUACACCUCAAUAAAAGCUUUCCAUGCGGAUGUCGUCUCUGUGAUGAGGAAGUGGCUGAAGGAGGAAGAGCUUCUUCCUGAGGACCAGAGACCGACAAGUCAGGCCAGAGCACGCUAUGUCAAAGUGAUUGAGCAGGUGUUCAGUUGGUUUCCUGCAAGCCAUCUAAAAAAGUGGAACUCAUUCUCUGAGGAAUUCCCAAGUGGCAUGCUCCCCGAGGCGGUCCUCCCACCAUCUAAGGAGCACAGCUAUGCUCAGUGGCUGGAGAGGACAUACCAACCCAAAGAGUCCAGGGGCCCACAGGCGGGGAAAACGGACUCGGUCAUUACACAGCAGUCUGGUGUAUCGCACAGGCGCCCUCUGUAUUCACAUGGUGUAAAGAGUGAUCUGGAAACCACCAACACUGAAGAUAUGAGGCAGUGUGCCCUGUGCCAACGAAAUGGAGACUACGCUCCCAAGGAUUCAGGACGGCUGUUGUACUUGGGACAGAACGAGUGGGCCCACAUUAACUGCUGCCUCUGGUCUGCAGAGGUGUAUGAGGAGAACAGUGCUCUGUUGCAAGUGCACAGCGCCGUCUCAAGAGGGCGCCACCUGCGUUGUGACCGUUGUGGGCAGUCGGGAGCCACUGUGGGCUGCUGUCUCUCCACCUGCCAGAGUAAUUUCCACUUCAUGUGUGCUCGUGCCCAGAACUGUGUGUUUCAGCUGGACAGGAAGGUGUACUGCUUCAAACACAGGGAUCUUAUCAGUGCGAAGAUGGUGUCCGGGAAAGGGUUUGAAGUGCCUCGACGGGUUUACGUGGACUUUGAUGGGAUCAAUCUCAGAAGAAAGUUCCUCACAGGCCUCGACCCAGACACCAUAAACAUGACCAUAGGCUCUCUGCAGAUUCAGAAACUUGGUGUGUUGUCAGAGCUGUCGUCAAAUGGGAGGAUGCUGUAUCCUGUUGGCUAUCAAUGUUCUCGGUUGUACUGGAGCACUGUGGACCCCCGCAGACGCUGCAAGUACACAUGUAAGGUGACAGAAGUUAGCACGCCUCUCCCUGGUGAGGAGCAAGAUCCGAGGUGGGACCGAGAACAGAAUCACACCAUAGUCCACAGCCCCGACCUUCACCACAGAGAUAUGGAGUCCCUGGAUUGUUUAAGUUCUUCCUCCAGCCCCAUAAAGUCCGCUACUCCAUCACCCAACUCUAAACAGCCCAGCACACCUGGAUCCAAAAGUCCUGGUUACACACAGACCAGGAGACCAGCAGGAGGAUCAUCUCGACCUCUUCCAUCUCCAGGGUCCGCUCUUCCGAAAUCACAUCACAUCCUGACAUUGAGGGACCUGGAGGACACCCGUCGGCCUCGCAGGCUCUCAUCAAGAAGCCGCUGCAGUUCCUCGCCAACAGAUAGCGACCCAUCUGUACCGAUGACCCUCCGCUCUGGUGGCACCGUCCACUCCAGAUGUGCCCUGUUCAGCUCCCCGCCGAGGUCGUCAAACCUGGGAGCAGCCUCGCCGCCUCUGUCGAGACAAAACUCAACAUCGCCAGUCUGGAGCUCCCCGCCUCGAUCCAACUCCAGCAUUUCUGCGGGGCUGUCGCCUCGGAGAGGAGCCAUCAGUCAAUCCCCCAGAGGGAGGCAGAACUUUAAAAUCACCACUCCAGUGUCUGCAGAGGUUCCCCAAGACUUCCUUGCAUCGUCUGAGGCAGAAGACGCGGCAGUGGCUACGACCAACGGGAUCUCAUUAGCCCCUGAUAACCUGGAAGAGGAGGUAGCCCACCUGAUGGCCCAGGAGCUGCCGUACACUGUGUUUGACCCUGACACGGAGGUAGCAGUGGCCUCAAUGCUGAACGCCAAGCUCGAGUUUGACGAGGCUCUGCUCACCGAAAACGUGGCGCUUCACUGUGGAGCACAGGGCGGGAGAGGAGAGGUGGAAGGCGUCGCACAAGAUGUGGAAAUGCAGGCCGAUAAUCAGGAAAAUGAAGAUGAAGACUCGAGCCAUUACUUGAAAUUUUCCCGCACAGUGGUGUGCGACGCGGCCAGCAGCUCAGACGCCUCAGGUCAGCUCACUUCGACACAGUCGAUCUCACAGUUAGACGGAGCAGACGGUGGGUCAGAGAGCGAUGAAAGCGAGGCGGUCGAUGAUGAAGCUCAGGACAUAAAAGGAGAAGACGGAGAGAGUAAGAUUCACACCAACCUUAAUACACCUACGAAACAGCUGACAGUCGCUCUAAAGAGGCUGGAGCCAAUGUAUACUGUGUCAAAGUCGCCAGCUGAGCCAGAGUUUCAGGAAAGUCCUCCAUCUGAUGUUCUUGAAGCCUGUUAUGGAAACGAUGAUGUGUCCGUUCAGGAGGAAGAAGUCCCGAUGAGCUCUGAAUCACCAACAUCUCAAAGUGAGGUGUUUUUGGAUUCCGCUACGGGCCAUUUUGUUUCCGCUGAAGAUGGCACUGUGGUGUGCCUAAAGAACAGUGAAGUUGGCAAUAAUUACGACAACAGCUCAUCGACGGACUCCGCUGAAGGAUUUAAAGAUGAUUUGAAUGACCCCGACUACUCUCCAGAGCGUAGUCCAUCUCCAGAGCGUAGUCCAUCUCCAGAGCGCAGUCCACCUCCAGAGCGUAAAGCCAAAAAAUCUCCCACGGUGCCGAUGAAAGCCAUCAUUGUGAAGACAAAACGUCCAGCAUCAAACCUCAAACGCUUGUCGCCAAAACCGUGUCUUCCACAGCAGCGCAAACUCAAACUGGUGUUGCCCUCUCAACCUACACAGGCUGCAUAUAAUGCAUCGGCUUCCCCUGCUGCUGCCGCCACCGUUUGUGCAAUUCCACGCACAGUCACCUCCCCCAUUGUGAUCAACGGUUUAAACAUACCCAUUCAGGCUGGUGCCUCGCAGGGCAGAACCAUCGCCAUUCGCUUGGACAACUCGAGAAGUCAGCAGCAAGUCGCGAUUCAGAAUCAAGCUGCAGCCACUAGCUCGCCUCCUUCCCCUCAGGUCCUUCUGGUCAACCGACAAGGUCAGAUUCUGAUCAAAGACCCGAGAUCAAACACGUAUCAGUCGCUCAGUACGAACUCUCCUGCGUACAAUAAAAUAAGCCAGAUUGCCAAGAUGCUCCACAGCGGUAACGCCCUGCAGCGCUCGGUCCCUCGUGUUAUAAUAAGGCCUCGUGCCGGCGUCUCUGCCACAAACGCCCCCUCCGCCGGUAACAACGCGACAACAUCCGAGAAAAAAAUCAUCGUUAGAGUGGUGCCUGUGAAAAGCAUCGGGACUCCAGCUCCCACAGCUCCGGUCAGUGUGCCGAGUGUUCCCGACACAGCUUUCUCCAACAUUGAGGAAAGCACAGCCCAGGCUAUUAUAGACAGAGCCAUGGCCACCCACCGCGACGAGCCAAAGACAAACCCCAUCAUCCUCAGAAAAGCUCGGCGGCCAAAGGCCAGACAUCGAAGACCGUCCCAGUUUGAGGACUCGGAUGUCUCAGAUCAGUCACCAGCUGCACCUGUAGAGUCCCCCAGUGGUUCCCUCAAUGAACCAGAUUUGACCCUGCAACCAACACCUGCUUCAUCACGCCCCCAGGUGAGAAUCAAGAGAGUGUCAUCAGUGUCUGAACGGCCCUCCAGGAAGAAAUCCAAGAUGGACUUCUUGAGGGAUCCCUCGAGUGAGCUGGAUGAAGUUAAUGAUCCCAGCAGACCAAGUGGUGCGAGAGUGAAAGCUCCAACAAUGACGGAUAUCCUUGACAUGGACCAGGAGAAGAUGUCGCAUGAGCCCGAGCAGUUGAGGAUUACUGCUCCACCACCACCUCCUACACCCUCCAGGCAUUCUCGGGUUGAUAGUCCACCUUCACGCGCACAAACCGGCAGUCUCAUCCAGGGUAAUUCACACAUGUGGGUCAGCGCCCCCCACGGAGACCUCUCCGAAUGGGGCCCUUAUUCAGGUUUUAGCUCAGAAGAAGAUGCACCUACGCCCAAACACAGAAAGAGGACGUACAUGAACCAGCCCCACCUGCGUUUUGAGAUCACCAGCGAUGACGGCUUCAGUGUGAAGGCUAACAGCAUAGAGGUCGCCUGGCGUGCGGUGAUUGACGGCGUCCUCGAAGCUCGAGCGGGCUUCCACCUGAAGCAGCUGCCUCUGGGCGGGAUGGGCGGGAUGAGCGGGCCGCGGGUGCUCGGCGUCGUCCACGAUGCCGUCAUCUUUCUGCUGGAGCAACUGCAGGGUGCCGCACACUGCCAACGCCACCGCUUCCGCUUCCACCGCUGUGAUUACAUCGAGGAAGAGCUUCCCCUCAAUCCGAGCGGCUGCGCUCGUACUGAAGUCUACACGCGGAAAGCAACUUUUGAUAUGUUCAACUUCCUGGCAUCACAGCACAGAGGGCUUCCUGUCAUAGUGGGCCCCUUUGAUGAAGAGGAGGAUGAAUUCCCACUGAAAUCUUCCAGGCGAGCCACCAGCAGUGAGCUUCCCAUGGCAAUGAGAUACAGACACCUGGAAAAAAUCUCCAAAGAAGCAGUAGGAGUUUACAGAUCCGAAAUUCAUGGUCGCGGCCUUUUCUGCAAAAGGAACAUCGAGGCUGGCGAGAUGGUGAUCGAGUACGCCGGCACAGUCAUUCGCUCCGUCCUGACUGAUAAGCGGGAGAAAUAUUAUGACGGCAAGGGCAUCGGCUGUUACAUGUUCCGCAUCGACGACUUCGACGUGGUGGACGCGACAAUGCAAGGCAACGCGGCCCGUUUCAUCAACCACUCGUGCGAGCCCAACUGCUACUCCCGCGUCAUCAACGUGGACGGACGCAAGCACAUCGUCAUCUUCGCCCUGAGGAAGAUCUACCGCGGCGAAGAACUGACCUACGACUACAAGUUCCCCAUCGAGGACGAGAACAGCAAGCUGCACUGCAACUGCUCGACGAGACGCUGCCGCCGCUUCCUGAACUAGUACAACACGCACACACCACGUACUACCAAUAGCCAUCAUGUUUAAUGCACUUGAAUUCAGGAGGUGGACUUUGAUGAACAGAUAAAGGCGACUGUUGCGACGUAGCCAUAGAAGUGAGGUCGCCGAUACCUGUAUCUACUGAAAGUCUUGGCUUUGUUGGAAGCUUAAUUUAUAGACUGAUAGAGGACUCAUUUCUGUCCUCUGAACUGCUGUGAACAGUCACACAAACCAGAUUAGAGCCAUAUGUCAAUGCUUGGGAUGAAAACUAUUUAUGUGAUUGCAGACUUGCUGGAGAGGAAGUGCAGUUUGAUUAUGGAUUUUUUGGGGGUUUUGUGUACCGUUUUACCAUCUCAUACAACACAUUCUUUCAGUUUUACAUUUUUGAAUUAGUCAGUAGCCUCUGCUGGAACUGGGGCCAGACAACAGCCGGGAGGCAACUACUACCAGCUACAAACGGUGCAAACUAAAAUAACCUGAUUGCAGCUAUUACUGUGUAAAGGGGGAUCUACUAUUAUGCUGGCGACUGGAGUGUUUUUGUAAAUACAAGGUCACGCAGAGAAGGAUGAGGAGAAUUAAUUCAGCACCUUACUUUGACACGACCUUCUCUGGCAGCACUGGUGUCACAGCAGACGGGACAACUUUGACUCCUCGUGCACAUUGUGGUGCAGCUACAUUUUAACCUCAGUCUGGAUACUACAAGUCUUGUGAGCAGGGACUCGGAUAUUUUAGGCGCUGGUGACAUUUAACCCAAAAGGUAGUUUUAAUAUAGUCACCCAAACCUUUCCCCCCCCCCUACAUCCAUUCAGUCAGUUGAAAUUUCCUGUUUUUAUUUGUGACGGCAGAGAUGCUGCGAUCUCCAUGCUUUUAUCCCGCCAUUACAGUCCGUUCUUUAUUUGUUGAUUUGUGCUGUUUGUGUAUUUUAAGGUCUAUGAGGGAGCGUUUCCUUGGUGCAGGGUUCAACUGAAUAAUAGUGAUCUUGCUCUGCACAGUCCCUUAUAAAUCUUUUUGUAUUUUUGUAUAUUUGAACAAUAAAUGUAUAUUCAACAAGCUGAUGGAAAUAAAUGUGUUGAGCUUUUAACUAUUUGUAAGUGAAGGCUGACUAACGGAACCGAAGCUGUUGCUGAGUAAUGACUUAAUCUGAGUUGCGUCUGUUUUGAACCCCUCUUCCUCCUGUUUCUGUCUCUCACAGGUGUACUACCUCAAAGGUGUUAUGAAGCGAGAUUUAAUUUAAUUACACAUUAGGUGAAAAACAGCUUCCUCGUUUUCCUCAUUGUUCAAUCUUUCUAAUCAUUCUUGAUGGUAUGAAAACAAAAAAAAAAACAUCAAUGCUAUUUAAACACUGACUUGCUAUUAUGCCUGCAAUUAUUUUGAAAGAAUAGGUGGCCACCAUGUUUUGUGCUCAUGUUCCCGUGUGUGCAGCCACGCCCAGCUAACGGAUGUAGAUAGGAUACUGGAGUUUAGGUUGAAAGCUGUGGAAGUAUGUUUUGUUUUUUUAGGAUUAAUAAUUGUCACACAAAGCUCUGUUACUUUAUCUGCUCACUAUGGAUCCUUACCUUGUACAUAGUUGUAUAAAGAAUUUCUAAACCUGUUAAAUAUUUUUGUACCUACAAUUUUUUUUUUUUUUUUAUUUAUGUUCAAUAAAAAUUUGAAAUAUUCAAAAUUUGCCUUCUAUUUGCCAAUGUUUUUACCAAUGAGUAAAUAUUAAAUUAACUAAAAUUAAAAUGUCACCUGUGAUUCUUAAGUGAAUAUGUACAACUGAAUUUUUUAUGUGUGUAAAAUAUGUGAUAUCGUUUGUUGGUCCGUUUUCCUGCAACAAUAAUCUUGUGAUUCCUGUUUGGGAAAGCUGAAUAUACAUAGUGCUCUAACACUAACACCCUUUUUUCCAGUGCUACUGCUGCAGUUUUGGAAACGUCUUAUCGUGUUUUCUAUGGAUCACUGAUAAACCUAUUGAAUGUUCCUGCAGCCCACUGCUGAGUUGAGACCAGGGACACCUGCCAACUAUGAACUGCUAUUGUGCAUAUCGACUGAUAAAGUAUGCUACUGUAUUUCUGGGCAGAUAUUCCACUGUAAGAAAUGUGACAUCUGUUCCAUUACACAUCACCAUCUGAAACCGGGCCGAUCCUCGACUGAAUAAACUGUUGAUGAAUUGAAAU